AUGCAGGCCAGCUCAUCCAGUUCUCCUUCUCCUCGACCUGCCAAGCGGACUCGGACGGUAGAAGGUAGCCGCGGAAAGGACAAGAGAGAAAGAUGCAUCAACGCUUGCAAUAGAUGUAAAGCCAAGAAACUCAAAUGUAUCCGUUCUGAUGACAAUAACUUAGACUGUGGACCUUGCAUCAAAGCCUUGGAAGAAUGCACCUUCGAAGACACAGUAAUGCGACCAGGGUAUACAAAGUAUAUGAUAGCGCUCGAGAAUCGCUGUGCCAAAUUAGAGAAGGCUCUAGCAAAUAUCAAUCCCUCUCAUCCGGAAAUUAAUGAUCAUUAUGACCCCAAUAACAAAAACACCACGAUCUCACGGUUAGACUUACAGCAAUCGCUUCAAUCGGAGGAGACAGCCAUCUUACCAUCUCGGCUGUCAAUGACGUCUCUGCUCCAAAGCUCCUCCUCCGUUCGUCAAGCAUGCCAACGACACCCCACAGAUCUUGGCUCGGUGAUGCAGCCGUCAUCCCCUCCUCAGCUCCCCAUCAAUCCGAAUCCAGUGGCACCCUCGAUUAUGGCCGCUGAGGACCUUCUCAAUACUGUUUACUACCAUAUUCAAUGUCGGUACCCUUUCUUGGAUUGGAAACAGCUACGUCAAUGGCACGCAGAUCGGGAUCGAUAUCUGCAUACCCCUAUAGAUGGCUCAUUGGGAGAUCAAACGAUUGCCUUCUUCCUCUGGGCAAUAUACGCGAUAGGCGCUGAGCUCCAAGGUGCCCCCGGUCUCGAUACGGCAGCAUCCUAUUUCGAGCAAGCUUGGAAGCAUCUAGACACGAUCGUCAUUCCACAUGAUCUCACAUCGAUUCGCGCUGUACUUUUAGCUACCUUCUAUGCCUUUCGAGCGACCUCGGGGCCUUCCUUGUGGCUUCUUAGUGGCAUUGCGAUGAGGUUAUGUGUGGAGAUUGGUCUGUACAAGAAAGGGCCGCAGAAUCAUAAUCCUCUGGAACAUGAGUGGAAGAAGAGGGUGUUCUGGUCAGCCUAUACAUUCGAUAGAUUGGUUUCGCACGCAUGCGGGCGACCUGUGUCACUUUCGGACAAUUUAAUCGAGAUUGAAAUGCCCCUUGACGUCGACACGUCAAUAGAGGAUCCUGCGAUCAUUAUAUCCCACAUGAUCUCGCCAGGUGUGGAUAAACUUUCACCGCGACCCACAAAUAUGACUUCAGCAAUCGUGUCGAUCAAGAUGUAUCGUAUUCGAUCGCGUAUACACGGUGAAAUGUUCACGCCUACGGCCCCUGCACCGACUCGCGAGGUGACUGUUGGGUUUCUUACUGAACUGGAGGAAUGGCGACAAGCAAUACCGAAGCUUGCGCUCGGAGAAAAUAUCCCAAUGCAAGCAGAAGAUCGUUUUCGUUGGCGAUAUUUCCUCUGUGUCCUCCUGGUUUUGAGGCCCUCGAUAUUGACAGCUACAGCGGCAGACCAGACUUUGUACCUCUGUGCAACAGCAGCAGCGGAAGCAUGCGAACUUGACAGAACGGUUCAUAAGGGUCCAGCCACCUGUCACACGACCGUGAGCUUGUGUCAUACCUUGCUCUGCGGCACCACCCUACUUUACUGCUUGCACAUCUGUCCAACGGUAAUCUCGCAACGAGUCGCCGCUCGUGCUAUCCGCGCAUGCUCAGGCACUUUGGCAGUGUACAGUCAACUAUUCAGUGAAGCGCGCCCCUUCUAUGAGGUCUUCGAGCACAUGGCAGAUGAGAUACUUGGAGAGCCAACCAUAAAUGGCAAAGACCGAGUCAUCCGCGCCAUGACAGCCUUAUUCCAUGGAAACUUCGAACCAUUGGCAAACUUGUACGAUUCUCUCAGAAGUCCAACGGCUGAUACUUCUCAAUCGCGAUCCCCUCUGUCCGCAGCAGCACGUCAGCCAUAUGGGCCAGAUCCCAAGUAUUUGGACUCGUUACAAUCGACUGGUCUGACUCCAUUCCUCACCGACACUCUGGGACCAGAGGUUGAUUUGUCUACUCAGCUCACAACCAACAGCGGAAAUGACGGGAUCAACCCUCGAGAAACUCUUGACCUUGCAUGGCUGAAUAUGGACAGUGCUCUUUGGGAAUACAUGACCUAA